AUGAUUUUGGGAGGAGCUUUUAGUUUAAUUAUCCUCGGAUUUACUUCAGUUUUUUUUAUUAUCUGGUUAAUUAUUCGCUGUCUCCAAAUUUAUCUUAAAUGGUAUCAUGAAAUUGAUAUUAUAUUUAGUUCAUUUGGUCUUAGUGGUAUAGAAAAUCUUAAUAUAAAUCAUCGUUUAUUUUAUCUUCGUAUUAAAUAUAUUGAUUUUUUUUCAUCGUUUUCAAUAUUUGUUUGGCGACUACCAGUUAUAUCAAUAAAUGAUGUAGAUUUAAAAAUUCAUACAAUUCAAAGUAAAGUUAAAAAUGAAAAUGCACGAAAAACCGACUGGAAAAAGAAAUUAUAUUUAAUCAAAUAUGUAUCCUUUCGAAUUGAACAAUUACAAAUUCAAUAUGAAAAUACAAAGCUAUCAUUUCAACAUAUCACAUUAUAUCCAGAUACUACAACUAAUAGUGCAAGUCCUGAUAUCUCGAUUGAUUGUGAAUAUGUUGAAUUGCUGCUUACUGAUAAGACAGAACAGUUAUCUACGAAUCACAAAUCUAUUUUAUUAUUAAAAUCAACAUGGAAUAGUGUGGAAAUACGUACCAAUUUAGAUCAACGCUUUGGUCUUAAUACAACUCAUUGGUCAAUCGAACUUGAUCAUAAUAUAAGUGAUUAUUUACAACGUCGAAAAUCCACUACGUCUUUAAAACAUCCACAAGAAGAAAAAUACGAUUCUAAUGAUGCAGAUUCCGACUCGUCAUCAAUAAUUAAAACAAUAGAUUCAAAUAAUCUAUUUACUAAAGUCGAUCAAUUGACUGAAUUUCUUCGUGAUCCAUUGAUUAAUAUUUCCAUUAGACAAAUUGAUUUACAAUAUAGAUCAAUAAAUAAUACUUUUCAUACUCAUACAUUUGACACAGCUGAUUUUUCUUUUCAUAAUGCUUCCAAAGUAUCUCUUGACGCCCGACAUGUAUAUAUCGCUAAUAUUCAACUUUAUUCUCAAUCUAUUCCUGUUGUCCAUGGUCUAUGUCAAAUAACAAUAUUUCCAGUACUUCUUGAUAUUGCAUGCCAAUUUAAUGAUCUAAAUAUUGAACUAUAUGAAGAAACUAUUCAACAAUUUUUUACAUUAUUAUCCUCUCGCUCAUCAGAAUCGUCGAAUAAGCCGUGGGUCUGUGAUCGACAGAUUGAUGUAUCAAUUCAAUUUUUAAAUCCGUCGAUACGUUUAAAAGUGAAUGAAAUUCAACAAUGGUUUAUUUGGCAAAUAAGUUUCUUAAAAAUAAUUUAUCAUUCAAAUCAAAAUUCACAAACAAAAACAUUAGUCGAAUUGAAAAAUAUGCUCAUCUAUACAUCAGAUAAGAAUAGUAUUCUUUCUCAAUCAUUAGUUGAUGAACUUAAUAGGCAACAUUUAUGGAAUUGUCUUUUCUAUCUACCAAAUGCCAGUAUAACAAUCUCAAACACGAAUAUCACACAUAUUCAAAUUGAACUAACAGGAAUACGUUUACAGUCCAAUAGUAGUUUAGUGUCUGUUAUACAACGUCUACAACUGAUAUUACCUUCGAUGAGAAAAUCGACAACAAAAUCAAAUCGUACAAUUGAACUUUCUGUACAUAUGAAAUUUGUUACAGUGGUUAUUUGUGAUAGCGUACCGGUUUAUUUAUUUUUAUCCAUAUCAGCAAUUCGUGCGAAUCGAACGCAAAUAGAAUUGAAAAAGAAUCUAAUAUUUUUUGAUAAUCAACCUGCAGAUAAAAUACCUUUAACUUCACUAAUACAUGGCCAAAAAAUACUUGAUAUUCGUCGUAUUCAUAUUCAACAUAAUAUAAAUAACAAUACGAUUAAAGUGUCCAUUGCACAUGAUAUAACAUUAUUAUUAUCGACUAAACUUUAUUUAUUUCUCUAUCGUGUUCUCUCAUCAUUAAAAUUCAGAGAUGACAACGUAAAAACAGUGACAAAUGAUGAUAAUAGUAAUAUUCAAUCCGUUGCAAAUGAUAUUGAAUUUAAUAUAGAAAGAUCUAUUCAUGUUUGUUUACAAUUAUCAAAUGAUAGCAGGAUCAAAUUAGAACUUCAGAAAUUUUCAUCACGAUUGAUACGCAAUAAUUUAAUGGAUAAUGUGACACAAAUGCAAUUAAAAUGUUUACAAUUAACAGAUAUAUCAUUUACACGUCUUAUUCAUUCAGAAUCUUUAACAACAGAACGAGCCUUAUUGCAAAACGCAAUUGGUAAGCUUGAUAUGCUGCAUAAUCGAGCUAGUUUAUUACAAAUCAAUUCAUUUUCUAUUCAUUUUCCAUUUGAUUCAACAUUCAAUGAAGUUCUCGAAAAGGUUGUUAAUAUUCGUAAAUGGUUAAGACGUCUUCAUCGAACUGGUGGUGAUGUAACCUCAACAUUUUUAAGUCACGUUCCAACGCAUUUAAUAUUAGAAGAUGUUUGGACAGAUUUAUCAAUAAAAAUUAAUGAAUUUGAAUUAACUAUUAUCGAUGAUUUAUUUGAAGUUAAAUUAUUUCAAAAUUAUUAUUUAAUGGCUGAUGAAUAUGAUGAACGUGAAGUACGUGAACAAGAAUUACAACGUCGUAUCGAUGAACAUGAAAAAAUAUCUCAACCGCUGAAUAAUUUACAGGAAUUGCAAAAAGCUUUAAAUGAAGUAAAUUCUCGAAUCUACAUAAAGCGUUGUCAAAAAACAAAUUAUGAUGAAAAUAAUCAACGGAUAAAACGUAAUCUAAUACGUUGGCAUUUACGACAAGUUGAUUUCAUUGCAUUAGCUGAUCAAUCAUGGACGGGAAAAGAAAAUAUAUUAAAUAUAAUACAUAAAAUUGAUUCCGAUAGUCCACCACUUCCAAUCGAUACAACUGAUUUAUGUACAAUAUGGUGUCGUUAUGUUAUAUUGAAAUGUGAUGAUUGGUCAAUACAUUUUAGAGAUUUUCGACAACCAUUAUGGCAAAUGCAACAAUUUCAUCUUUGGGGACAUAUUUGUGCAGCAGAAGUUACACCGGACUCGCUGGAUUCAAUAAGAACACCUUGGGUAGAAAUCGGUGAACCUUAUUCGCCCAGUCGAGUUCAAGUACAACGACUUCUGUCACCAUUGAAAUUUUAUCAUGAUAUCAAUUCCGAUAUUGAUUCUUUUCUUAUCUCUUUUGGGCCAGCUUGGGAAAAUACGAUAGCUCAAGUGAAUCUAUGCUUGAAUAGUAUAACUCCUCGUACAGUAGAUCCUUCUCCAUUACUUGCAUGGUGGGAUAAAAUUCGUCUUUAUCUACAUGGGCGAUGGUCAUUUGCUACAAAUAAAAUGUCAUGGCUUUACCACGUUGCGUCAAAUCCAUAUAAUGACACUGAAGAAAUGGAAUGGGUAUGGGAUCAAGCAUAUGUUGAUUGGACAAAUGGAAAAUUUAUUAUAAAAGCAGCAAGUCUUUCAAUUAAAUUAAGAACAAGUUCAAAAUAUGACGACUGCUGUUUACUCUAUCUACCCAAUGUUGACACAAGGAUAUCUCUUAAUUGGUUAUGUGUUGGUAAUCCAAAUGAUCAUCAUGCCGUACGACUUUAUACUAGUGAUGCCGUAAAAUCAUGGCAAAAACAACAAUCUCAUGAUUCUUAUGCUCAGUAUCGGUCACAUCAUUUAAAUGCAGCAGCUAAAUUUGAAAGUAAAGAAGUACCUGAAGGUGGAAUGCCACCAACAUGUACUAUCUAUGCAAGUACAUUAAGAUUUUGUGAAGGUGUUAAGAACACAAUGAUGUCCAUAACUCGUCCAACACGUCGUGGACCAUUAUUUUUACCGCCAGGUGAAACUGUUGUUCCACUACGUAAACCUCUAUUAUCUCGUCACUACGAAGCUGUUGAAUUACAAUUAAUUUUACCACAAUUUCGCGUUAAAUAUUUAACAUCAUUUGCUCGUCAAACAGGUGCACAAGUGGAUUGUCAAUUAUUUAAUUUUGUUACAUAUCAAGAAUUGAAUUUAAUUGAUCAUAAUGAUGGUCUUGCACGUCGUGCAAAAAUUGUAUGGAAACCAAAAAUGAUGAAUAUUAAUUUAGAACGUGCACAAAUGUGGCUAUUACGAGAUGCUAAUGAAGAUAAAGAAACAAAUGAAAUAACAACUAAAUCGGAUAAUCAACGAGAACUACAACAGCAGCGAACAUUUUUUCUCAGUCUGGAUAGUCUUGUUUAUAUAAGAUCGCCAUCAACAAACAGUAAAACUAGUACACAUUCAGUAUUAAUUGGUGGAUUGAAAGCUGUUUGGAAUUUAACUAAUCGCCGAACACUUUUUCUUGUCUAUGAACGCUAUCGUCGAAAUAAUAUACUUCGUUCGAAUCUUUCAAAUCCAUUUGCUAAAGAACUCGAGCAUUUACAACAAGAAACAAAUCUUGCUACUCCAUCGACACAAUCACCAUCGGACGAUAGUUCAAUUACAAAUGAUGAUUCAAGUUCAACUGUACCACCAACAACAUCAAUAACAAUUACGGCAAAUGGAACAACUUCACAAUCAUCAACAUUAGCUUCUUUUCUUGAUCAACUCAUCAAUGACAGUCAACAUAAACCAAGUGUUGAUCUUGCUCCAGCUGCCGACGCAUCGGUAUCUUUAGUUGGUCUUAGUCAAUGCACAAAAGAUGAUGUUGAAGAACAUACGUUACAUAUUGAAUUAGGUGAUAGUCAAAUAGCUUUACGUGGCAUUGAAUCACGUGGUUAUGUUAUAUUAUCGGCUGCACUUGCCUUAGUUGAUCAAUAUCGUCAUAAACCUGUUUGGCGUGAUCAACAAUUAUGUGAUAAAACAUCUUGGCAUGGAAAUCUUCAAGGUAUGCAAUAUUUUGCAACAACAAUAUCAUCAUUAGCAACAGCGACUGAUAAUACAAAUGAUGUAUUAUCGCCAGACGAUGAUAUUAUUUGGAUUCCACAACGGGAUAUUCGUGAUGAAAAUUCUCUAUUAGGUGAAUCAUCAAGAAAUGUUAUUGGAAGUAUAGCAACAAAUGAUGGUUACGGUGAUCAACAACUACAAUGUAUUGUAUCGAAAUCAAAUGCAACUCUAACAUAUGUAUUUUAUACUGAACAAACACAACCAGAAGAAGAAACAGAUACGAAUAUUGUUAUUCCGCCAUUUAUAAAACCAUCAAUAAAUGAAUCCAAUCCAAUUGGUGAGAGCGAUCGUCAACUUGUUGAUUCAUUUACAUUUAUUCAUCAUGAUAUUCAAUUAUCAACAAAUUCUUCACAAUAUCGCACAAUUAUGGAUAUUGUUAAUAAUUUACUUUUAUAUGUUGAACCUAAAGAAGAAGGCGCAAAUAGUAAAUUACGAAAACUUCGUUUACAAAUUCAAUUAGCUAAUAAUCUUCCUGUUCUACGUGGAAAUAUUCGUCAAUUACUUGAACGUGUUAGAUCAACAUUAGCUAGAUUACGAAGACUUGAACGAGAAAUCUAUUAUUUUAGUCGAGCAAAACAUGAUUUAAUUAGUACUUCUUAUUCGUCUGACGAAGAAGAUGGCGAAAAUGACCGAGAACGAACACUUCCAUUUACAUCGGAAGAAUAUGAAAAAUUACAAACAUUAUAUACAUCAGUUAAAGUUGAAUUAACUAAAUUAGCUGAAAAAUUAGGAAUGAUGUGUGCAGUUUAUAAAGAUAUGCAAUUAGCAAGACUCAUUAAAUUAAGAAUAGCAGCAACAAGUAGUAAAACUGCUCGAUUGGAACGACGAUAUGAACUUCACGGGGGCUCAAUAACAUGGUUUAUUAAACAUGACGAUGGGCAAAUUACAAAUGCACAAUUUUUAUUAAGAAAUAUUUCGUAUACAAAACGAUAUUUUGAAAAUUGUACCAAUGAACACUCGAUUAGUAUUGGCCAAGCUCAAGUUGAGAAUUUAUUACCCGAUGAUCGAUAUCGAACAAUUUUAACAUCGAACUAUCAACAACAACCUACCAUGAUACGCGUUUAUUGUAAAGAAGGAGAACCCGUCGGCGGUAUUGCUGUAAAAGAGCAUCUUGAAAUUAAUGUGGCUCCGCUUGUUAUUCAAAUGACACGUCAAUUUUCUCAAAUGUUAAUGGCAUUUCUUUUUCCUAAUAAAACUCAUCAGAAUCAUGAAAUUCCACAUGGCAAUAAUCGAUCAACUAAAUCUUCGUUGAAACAUACAACAUCAAGUACAUUUAAACGUCGCACUAGAUCAACUGAAGGCGAAGAAGAAUUAUUAACUGGUCGAUCAUUAUUCUACUUCAGUAAUGUUGAUCUUGAUGCAAUGGAAAAACGUGCUAAAAAUACAUUAUCAUUUCAAUAUAUUAAAAUUCCUGAAGUAUCACUUAUUGUGUCAUAUAAACUUCGAGGUACAAAACAAAAAAAGAUUGGCGACCUAGAAAAUGCACAUAUAUCAUUUCCUACACUUGAAUAUCGUAAUUUAACAUGUAGUUGGCAUGAUCUUGUUCUAGCAAUUAAAUCUGAUGUUAAAACUGUUCUACUUUCUCAAGCUAUUUACCAGAAUUUUAAUGUAAGAUUACCAUUUAUGGGAAAAUCGACUCGAGCACAAAAUCAAAAGUUAUUAGCAACAACAAUAGUAACAGCAGCAACAGCAGGAGUAGGACUAGAUGGAACAACAAAUAAUUCAUUUUUAAACAACUCAGACACAAUGACUAAUACUGAAAUAUUGAAUACAAAUGAAAAAGAAAAAGAAGAAGAAGAAGAACAAAAACAUAAAAUGAAACUUGUACUAGGAGCAAAAAUAACCAAGGACCUUAUGUCACCAUUUAAACGUCGAAAAGAUCCAUAG